AGCGGGUCCAGUUGUGACUGUCCCAUAACUGGUAUUGUGGGGGCAGGACAGGUAUGGAUGACACCCCGUGUGGCCCAUUGUGCUAGUGAAGGUUUUGUCUGUGCUCAGAUGAAUGUUGGUUUAUGUCUGAGCGCAGUGUCUCUUUUGGGAGUUACUUCCUGCGUCCCCAAAGAUUGUGAAUGGGAGGCAAGUGGAUGCUCCACUACCAGGCAUGUGGCUUGGAACCUCAGGGCAGCACAACAAAUGGGGUGCCCCACCACUAUAAGAAAACCUGACCUUUGCUCCAGUUGGGGAGGCGGUCAAAUAGCAGAAAGGGCGGCCUUGUACUCUAAGCACGAGAGUGGGUGUCAGGAGAGCUGGGUUCUGUUCCUAGCUCUGUUACAGAGUCAUGGUGUCUCCUUGAGUCAGUCACUUACCCUCUUUCUGCCUCGGUUUCCCAUCUGGACAUUGGGGAUAAUGCUUCCUACAUCAGAGGUGCUGAGGCUUAACUUGGGAAUGUUUAUGAAGUAUUAGCGAUGCUCUCUUGCAGGCCAAAGUCAAUAUUUUAUUACGUGGAUGCAUCUUUUAAAAAGGGAACCUGGGCCCUUUUCUCCCUCUGUUACUUAACCCUUUCUACAAGACAAACGUCGUCUGUUUUCUACUAAAAUGCAUCCUUUCCCUGUAAUGAUCAUCUCCCCACUCCCUGUAUUUGGAAUCAGCACCACUCCCUGCCUAGUUCUUGUUAGGGAGUUUACUGCUGGCUGAGCAACGGUGCAGACCUGACGUGGGAGUGUUAAUUCCUCAGCACCAGUGCAUAUUACAGUGGCAAGGUUGCGCCGCUGUAGUUAAGGUUGUGUCAAGACUUCUGUUUAAAGGUUGAACUUCCUAAGUCCUCUGAAAUGGACAUGCUCAGUUGGACGCCUUUGAAAUUUGCUGUGCCUCAGGAGAGUGCAGGGUGUGGCGAAUGACCCCAAUGUUUCCUUUUGUUCUUUGAUGGUGUUCGAUGGAAUCCUGGGGGGGAGAGUGAAUGGGUUGUAGAAGGAGGCGAAGAGCUUGUACAUUUCAAUAACACUGGGGUUGGCAGAGUAAUGGGGCCAUUGUGUGUACUGGGCCAUUGCUGAAAGAGGGCAGAGUUAAGAUUGCGUGGGCCACCUUGACUGUGGAUUUCCUGCUUUUCUAAAUUUGAGAUUUGCUCAACACAAUGUUCUGCCAGGGGUCGACAUACCACCAAGCAACCUUAACUCUGUGUUACCAUAGUUUUUUGCCACUGAAUUUAACAUAGAUGUUUAGACUCUAGAGAACACGCCUCACGAAGCAGAUCAAAUUCUGGAACCCAAAAUACUUGCUACCAUGCUUGGUAAAGCUCCAGCUGGUGGUUACACCCGAGGGAUCUCCUGGUUGGCUGGCUGAGUUUCACAUGCAGUGCUGCUCAACUUGAGAGCUUAGGUGACCCUGGCGAAGAUGAGAUCCCACGUUUCAUCCUGCGCGAAGGUUCAAGAACAGAUGGCCAACUGCCCGAAGUUCGUUCCAGUGGUUCCAACUUCUCAGCCCAUUCCUAGCAAUAUUCCAAACCGUUCCACUUUUGUCUGCCCUUAUUGUGGAGCCCGGAACCUGGACCAGCAAGAGCUGGUCAAGCACUGCAUGGAGAACCACCGCAAUGACCCCAACAAAGUGGUGUGCCCAGUCUGUUCAGCGAUGCCCUGGGGGGACCCCAGCUACAAGAGCGCCAACUUCCUGCAGCAUCUCCUACACAGGCACAAGUUCUCCUAUGACACCUUUGUGGACUAUAAUAUUGAUGAAGAAGCUGCAUUGCAGGCUGCAUUGGCGCUCUCCCUCUCGGAGAACUGACGGCGACUGCUGAGCAGCGGUGUGGAUCCUUUGCACAGGUCGCCUUUCCGCUAGGAGAGGCGUGACACUUGUUCAUCCCGCUGCAUCCCCUAGAGAUUAGGCCGCCCAUCUCUGUUUAAAUCACACCUUGUUUAAUAAGGUGGAAUCUUUUGUUGCACAAUGAAACGGUGAGCGAGCAUGAUCUGGUGAGAGUGACCCCUGCUGGAUGGGAAGAGGCAAAGGUGACCUUACCAAAUGUUUGUUUUUUCCAAUUGGGCAUUUCAUAUCCAUAUACGGAGUAUAUAUCUAUAUCUAUUUAUUAUUAGAUGCUUUUUGGCACCGUUGCUCCUCAUAUUUGUUGCAGUUAAUGGGUACGUAAAACAAUGAUGCAUUUUAUGUAAAAUGCCCUAGUUUUCAAUUCUUCUCAACAAUGGGGUUUUGUUUUUGUUUUUUUAAAGCAUUGAGCGUUUUUUAACCUCGUAAGAGUAUUUAUUGAGAUGUUGGCCCUCCACCCUCCCGAGGGCAUGAGCAGUCUGUUGCUCAGCUCUGUUGCCACUGCUCAGGGAAGGCCAGAGGCAACGAAGCGCAUUGGGCUAAAUCUGGGCACGAACCUGCUGCGCUCAGAGACCGUGAUGACAGGUCUAUUAAAAAGAGCUAGGUAGAAAUGGGAAGGAAUCCUGAACUGUCCUGCCACUGGCAUUCUUUCCCCUUGCUCAUUUUGUACUGGCUUUUGUGAUACUAGAGUUCUUGCAUUUUUUCUACAUUAAUCGGUGUGAGACCUUUUCACGUUUUAUAGAGCAAAAAUCAAAACAGUUACUCUUCAUAUUGCAAUAUUUGUGUUUGACUAGGAACAAUAGUAUUUUUAUGGAACCUUAUUAAGAAAAAUAUUAUAUUUUUUAAACACAUGCUGUGGAUUCAAGAACUGGGGGGUAGGGUGGGGAACUGCUGGAACCUGGAAUUGAGAGGGGGCUCUUUUCCAUUCGCGCCCGAGCAACAGAAAGGUUGCAUUGUUUUGUAUUUAUUUUUUGUGUUUACGGUUUUUUCCUUUUGCUUCUCUCCCCCCCCCCCCCCCCCCCAAUGAUGCUGAUGUGCAGCAUGGGAGGGCGGUACUCGGAGUUACUCACCAGGCAUUAACCGGGGUAUUGGUCAAUGGAUCAAAUCCACUUCUGAAAGAAAAUAAAAACUGUGAAUUAGCUACAAGCUGUGUGUGUCUCCAAGAUGCAAAGCCCUGUGAGUGGUUCAGCAGAGGCGGUGUUCUCUGGGGCAACAGUCCCAUUAGCAUUAUCAAGGCCAGUUAGUGUCUCGACUCCAGGCUGUUCAUUCGCUUCUGUUGGCAUGGAUGGGCUGUUUGGCUAGGAUUGUGAGGGGGCUGAUCUGGUCCUAGCUUGGCAGAGCUCAGUUCAGCAGUGGUCUGGUGUUUAAAAGUACAUGCAACACAGCAUGACAAGCAGGCUGCCUUCCACUAUUACUACUAACUUUAGGUCUCUUAAAGCUUUUGAUUAAUCUAUGAGUUCUAAUGUGUGUGAAUAUGGCACUUAUAGUGUGCAAAUCCAGCCUUGGGCUGUGGCAUGUAAACUGUAGUUAGGGACUCACUUAGAUUCUAGUCACCUAUGAAGAGGGAAACCGAUGCUCUUCAGCAGCCAUCCAGAGAUUGAUUGAGUCUCCGUGAUCCCGAGGCAAAGAUUCAGGAGCUCACCUGGAGUGAUACCAGUAGGAUAAUUUAUAAUAAAUGUCAUGCCCCAGAUUAUUUUUUCUGUUACAACUGUAAUUUUACAGCAUUAAACUUUAUAAGGACGUGACUGCAAAACUCUCCAUUGGUGUGGAGUUAAACCCAGCAUCUGGUGCUGGCCCUGUCUGAGAUAGGACACAUGACUCAACAGGCCCUUGGUCUGAGGGCAUGGCGGGUCCUGAAAUCAGAUAGAGCGAGAUCUGUUUGUAACCGACCAUUACGUACUGUGGGGUGGCUGAAACUUAGGCCUAGCUGCAUGCAUUCUUCCUGGGGGCCAGGAGGCUGUCUGGGCGUGCUCAGGUCCACGCUCUCGCUGUAGUGUAGAGUCAGACCAGCUUAGUCUUCCAGCACUGUGAAGAUCACUUCCUCGUUUGCUCCUCGGAGGGUGCAGGCGCCGCUCUGGGAACAGGGAGGAUCUGACCAAAGGUUUGGGCUGAUCCUGUUUUUAAGGGAGUUGAAAUUCAUUUUGGAAUAGCAUGGCUAGGCAAUGCUGGGAAACGGAAUGACUGGAGCAGGGUGCCCUCUCCAUGGCAGGGAGACGUGUGUAUUCAGUUAACUUGUCCAGCCAGCGCGGUUCGGAAGGAAGUGCUGGGAGUUUUGACAGUGCAUUCCCUGUCUAGUUUCUGCUCAGGUCUGUGACUUAAAGGUCAUUGGUGAUGUUGCGUUGACUGUCGUUCAAUGGGCCUGUGUAACACUGGUUUAAUCCUUGUACUGACUUGAGGCCUGACGUUCCCCACCUUAGAUGCCAAGCCUCAGACCAAUGCUGCACACAGCCCCUUUCUUCCCAGCCAAGGAGAACUGGCCGCUUGUCACUGGCCAGUUCCCAUCCUUAACUGGUCUCUGGGAUCCCCAUUGCUGGGUCCUCCUUUCUAUAGGGACUGGACAUCCUACUCUGCAGCACAAAACAAAUAAAACAAAACAAAGUUCCUGGUUGGUAUCCACAAGCCCCUCUGUUGAUGAGUUCUGGGGAAGAGCCCUGUGGGAGGCAGGGCAAAGUCCAUCUAGGACCUUUCCCAUCUGCUAAGAGACAUCCUGUAGCCUCCCUAGCUAUAAACACAAAACGGGUAAAUCACGUACAGUCCUGCUUAGCGAGCUGGAACCCAGCACCUGCCACUUCCAGGGACCUGGGAGCUUUUCUGCUCCAGUGCCCCGCGAGGGGAAGUCACGGUUAGGAACACAACCCAGCAAUAGAUAACUUGUCCACUCACAACCUGCUGUGAAAUGUGAAGGGGCAGGAUUCAUCAGGUUCUGUGAUUCUCUCAUCCCAUGGGUGUUUGGGUGAUGCUGUACUUUCACAUUCAGGGUGUUUAAAGCCAGAAGAGGCCAUUAGAACCUCUAGUCUGAUCUAUGUAACACAGGCCAUUAAAGUUGUCCAAGCAUGAAGUGUUGUGUGGCUAGUGGCCAUGUGUUGGCCUCUUGGAAGGGGACCUUUCCUCCAUCCAUCUGUUCCUGCUUUAGCUGUUUUGUUUUCUGGCUCUGUGCCUGGUUCCUGUCCCUUCCCAUCACAGUUAAAAUCGGCCUCGUCACUGGAUCACUUUUUUGUUCUCUAUUUGCUCUUUUAUCCUGUGACCUUUGUUAUUUGUCACCUGACCUACCUUGAAUCCUUCCAUCUGCAGCAGUGCAGGAGGCUAUGCUAUAACCCCACCCCAGGGAAGGAGCCUUGCAGCUUGCUAACCUUCCUGCUCUUGGUCUCCCAAUAUGGACACAUUGUGCUACUAAAGUUCUUGGCUUAUGGUGGUCUAAUCUCAAGCACGCUGGCUGAAGGCCACCUGGUGCUGUGGGACCUUGUGGAGGGUUCUCCUCGUUUUCUUAGGUGGGAUCUCCAGCUCCAAACCCUUAUUUAUCACCCGUGGACCUUUGCUCUAGCACACACAGUUAACCCUUUCUCCAGAAUAGCUGAGGGUCUCUGCUUGCCUCUGGUUUGCCCACUGUCUCCUUUUCCUUUUGUUGCAAAGCAGCUGCCACCUUCCCAACGUGCUAGAACACCACCUACUUUGCACCGCACUUUGAUAGUCUGGGACCAACUGGCAGGCAGUAUAGCAUUGGUACAUUCCCUCUGAGGGAUGGGGUGCUCUGCUGAGUGAAAGCACUACUUCGCACUGGCGCCUGUGGACUCUCAGGGUGUGCAUGGCAGCUAGCUAAUCUCCUGGCGUUUGGGAGCUGGCUUGUGCAGGCCUUCCUUUCAGCAUUGCUCUGGCUGCGUGAUACUCGCCAUCUGGCACCACACCGUCGCUGCGAGCAGUUCCACGGCCGUGCCAAAUUGUCUUGGGGGUGAUAGUUUAAACAUCUCAGUAGCCACUUCAUUCCAGGCUGGAAGCUUAGUUUGUAAGUGGGUUACCUACCAACAUAGCUGAAUGCAACUGCCUACUGCAAACCCAGGGACUGAUGGAAACUGCCCCCAAAUCACUGCCUUUGAAUGUAAGAUGAGAUCGGACUGGGAAACUCCCCAGUACGGUGCUGUUAACCUUGCUUGUUUUGCUUCACUUAGUUGGGAUGGGUUAGGGAAGGAGGUUUUGUCGAUCUAGCCUUAAAACCCAGCCAUCUGCCAGCAGACUGUUUGUCCUGGGUUUGAAUCUGUACUGCUGCAGGGGCAACGUAAAGAGGGCAGCGGAAAUAUAAUCCAGAGGGCUUUUCUUCUCAAAUGAGCGCCUUCUACCUUUCGCAGACGUCAGAUCUCAUCUGUUCCCAUUUCUCUUCCAGCAGCAUUAAGCUGCAGAGCUUACGUACCUUUAAAGUAUGUAAGCUUUAAUAAACCUACCUAACUUUUCUACUCUUAAUGUACUAUAUAGAAUGGGGUCCAGUUUUGCACUGGCUUUCAAGGCAUGGGGAGUGGGGAGGGUGUCUGAGUCUUGUCUGAAUGUAAAUUGUGUCUAACAGAAAAUGGGAGUUUUGGCAGGAGAAUUUUUUACUUAUGGCUUGAGGCUGGAUGUGCUUGAUCUCUGUUCAAAGUGGUGGCGCAGGACUGUGAAACGCAAACCUCGUGCUGGGAACAGGAAUGGCAAUGAGUUGGCCAGUGUGAUGAGGAAGAAUCAGAACCCAUAAACCUUGUUAACUUUCUCUAGCCCUGUCUCACCCCAACCUGCCAGCUGACAAAUUGCCUUAACUGUUGUUCCUAGCAUGGAGUUUGUUCCUAUCUUUGUAUUGUUCGCUGUCUUGUUAUAACAAGCAGAAUCCUCUAGGGGGAGCAACAAUUACACACUUGCUAGGGGAAGCCUGUCUAGUGUAUAUCUCAAGUGCUGCAUUUUGUCAUUACCCUUGAGAUGCCGUUGGAAAAAGCCCUGUGCUUUGCUGAAGCCAUGCGCAUCUUACAAUGCAAUGUGUAAAUGUCUCUGGAAUGUGUGCUGUCAUGCAAGAAAUAUUCAUGUGCUACCGUAGAAGUCUUGUUUGCCAUAGGUUCAAUUGCACUUGUGAGGCAGCAAGGAUUAGUGGUUAGAGCAGGGAGCUGAAAGCCAAGACACUCGAGUCUGUCUCUACUACUCCACUCACUAGCUGGGUGACCUGGGGCAAGUCACUUAAUCUUUGUGCCUCAGUUUCCCUACCUGAGCAAUACCCACCUUAGGGAUUAUUUGGGGGUGAUGCCCUCCUCUGUAAAGUGCUAGGGGAUCCUCAUAUGAACGGUGCUAUAGAAAUGGGAAAUGUCACCUUUCAAAAUCAGCUGAGUGUCAGUAAGCACAGUUCAUUUUUCAGCUGUAUAAUUGUUCAGAUCUCUUUACCUAAGCAAUUUGGUGAUGUUUGUAAAUCAUUCACUCUGUGCUCAAAAUGGCUGUUCGUUUCCAGCUGGCUAAUCUGGACUUGCUAAAUGAGGGAACUGUGCUGGAGCAAGGCUGUCUUUCAGUGCAUGCUGGUAUAUUGCUGGUGUGCAAUAUACUCUAUCUAUAUUUUCGGUGCAAAUACACAGAGAUGCUAUCGAGUACACGAACGUCAAUGGCAUAUCGCUCUCAGACCUGCAACGUACCGCGGCCUGCAAGAGAAAAGAGUUUUUUCAUACGAUACAGCUCUAGCAGCAUCUCCAUGGGUGACUUUGGGUUUAUGUGGCACCUUCAUACUCCAGGUGUCCUGAAGCUCUUUCCACUGGAGUGAGUGAAACAUCGGCAGGUGCAGCAACUGUUCUGCCCUCUGCAGUUGCCCAAAUGUGGAGGGAGAAUGCUGACCAGGGUUCUGGUGUUGUGGAAAAACUCUUUGAAGCAGAUGGGGAGCAGCCGUCAGAUAUGGGCAGAAAGGCCCUUGAUGGAAUGUCUCAGCCAAAGGUUGCUAACGGGGCACAUCAAGUCGCCAUGUGGUGUUCAGCUGAAAGAGCAGCUGCCGCUUGGGAGAAUAUCCAGGGUGGGUGACUGUGAGGAACUCCCUGUGCAAGGACAGCGUGUCUCAGCUCGUACUCGGUGGAUCAGCACAACGCUCAGGAGCCCAGCCCUUAAAAGGCCUAUGUUUAAGUUCACUCAUUCCCAUUCUGGGUCCAUCUUAACCUUUAAACACUGAUCCGUACUGAUCGGUUUGUUGUGAAUGUCUUCGCUUCUCACCCUGCUCAUCCAAAAUCCAGGCUGGGGAGGGAGUGGGUUAGCGUUCAUCAACCACACUGAGAUGUAGGAGGUGGCUGCCUUCUAGUCCAGAAGCCAUCCUCUCCCAGGAUUGCUUCGUGUCCAACGGGGGCCUGAGAGAACUUUCAGCAUUGGCUUUUGAUGGGACUCAGGCUCUCUUGAAAAUCUUGCUCUACAUUCCUAGGUUGAAGAGCGCAAUUUUGGGGCUUAACCAAGGUACUUCCCUGCACCCUGUUAUCCGAGUUUUAGGCUCACACUCUUGUAAUACAGGUUUUUUUCCACCUCAGUCUAAAUAGUAACAGAAAAUAUUGCAAUGCAUGUUUGCUCCCGAGUGGCUAGCUGUCCCUCCCCCACCCUCUCACCCGGAGGAACCUGCAGUCAUCUGUACAACACAUGAGCAAAGGGCAAACACUUAGCAGAGGCUGCUCUGAGGAGUUUCCUGAGUUGGGAGUUAGCCAUGUGGGGCUGCUUGGGAGACAUGAAUAAAAACCAUAGGCCCCCUGGCUCACUGCGGAUUUCUUCCUAGCCUGUGUCUGCACUUUUCCCCUGGGGAAAGCUGACCAGAUUUCCUGAAGAUUAUGGUACCUCCUUGCAAUAUAUGCUCUCUCCAGGAAGAAAGGAGUUGAUAUACAACCUGGGAAGCGUCUGGGUUUCCUGUUUAUGCCCGUCCAGUAUCCGGAUCACUGCCCCUGGCCUGUACUGUUGGGUCCCAUGUAUAAAGAGCUCAUGCUGCUUUGUGGGCAAGUCUGUGCCACUUCUUAGCUCCUUCUGAAGGGGACUUUGCCCGGAAGGGGGGCAAGUGGUGGCACCCUGAGCGGGUUGCUGGCGAGGAUCCCUUUCUGUGGUAUAAAUUAUGAAUGGCAGCAUUUAUUGGCCCAAGAUUUGCACUAGAGGUGGGGAAGGGGAAGGUGCAACAGAUGCUAGCAAGGCAGCAUAGGUCUGUGGAUAGACUUGUGGGGCUGGGAGUCGAGGCCUGAGUUCCAUCCCUAGCUCCUCCUGUAUGAUCUUCAACAAGCCACUUCUCUGUGCCUCAGUUUCCCCAGCUCUGUAGCAGGGGCAAUGAUACCUGCUUUUGUAAAGCACUUUAAGGCCUAUGGAUGAAAAGCCCCAUAUAUGUGCUAAGUGGAUAUUUACUAUGCUCCCUUUGCAUCAGUUAUGUGUAAUAACGUAAACUAAAGGGGUUUACACUCAGAAUUCCACGUGUCACAGCGAAUCAUCAGACUUCUUCCCCUUGAACUCCUGAUUCUGCUCAAGGUUUGGGAAUGUCGGGCCCACGGUUCUGGGUGUAGGCAGAGGAGUCCCCCGUGUUGCGUGUUCUCUGUCCGGUUUGGCAUUGGUGAUGGUCAUGCUGUUCAGUGUGGUGUUGUGACUAUUUUGCAUAUGAAUAGAACUUUUAACGAGACAUACUGUUUUUUGAAGAAAAAAAUCAAUGAUGUAUUUGUAGCAAACCAUUUUUCUCAAUAAACGCAGUUUCAUCCA